AAAGAACUCAAGGAGCAACAUCUAGCUGUUGAUAUUUUGUGCUCAGCUACAAAUCGCGCCGGUCAACAAUUCAAAUCAUCUCUGCCUCGCCACUAACCAUUGAAAUCACGUGAAAGUGCGUUUACUUCUUUUAUGCCUGAAGGUCCAUUGAAUGACCCCAUUAUUGGACUGAGCUAGAGAGCUUUGGCUAAGCCUUCGGACACAUCUGAUCACAUAGCUACCACCACACAUCUCUUCCCCCCUCCCUCCGUGAAUAGAAAUACAGCACAUCAACAUCUCCCCUCCCUUCUCUCCUACGCACAGAGAGCAGCACCUACAUACCGCCACCAUGAGCACCAGGCCCAUGCCGCUGAUGAUGGGCAAACCACGCGCCCAGAACGCUUCGGAAGCCACGUCAAUACGGACCCUGACAGCUUGCGACCGUUACACUGAGACCGACAAACCUGAAGACCUCUUCCAAAGACAAUGGUGCUUUGUCUACGGAACGCUGAUAGACCAUGACACGCUCUGUCGAGUCUUGAAAUUGACGAAGUCACACACCCCGCUGGUCAUGCGUCGUGCUCGAGUAUCGGGUUACGAAAUCAAGAUGUGGGGAACAUAUCCUGCUCUUGUCGUGAGAGAAUUAAAUACAAUAGAUGGAAUGGCGUGGGAAGUGUUGUCGCAGAGACAGCUUGACCGGCUGGCGGCUUAUCAGACGGAUAAAUAUUGUCUCAGGCGUUGCAUGAUUGAGCUUUUGAAUGAUGAUGGUAGUGUCGGGAAGAGAGUUGAAGGGCUCACCUUUGUGUGAAACGGAGAACAAGAGGAGUUACGCGAAGGUACAUUUGACUUGAAAGAAUGGAAGAAGGAAAAGGAAUUAAGGGAUUUAGAUUUCAGAAAGGAAGGCUGAGAGAUCGGACCUUUUUCCUGGAUCAAGAUGUUU